GUUGCUGUUUGGCAGCCAUGACAACGAAAGUUGGAUGAAUGGCCUCACUGAAGAAGACGCUUUCCUCCUCCAAAGUGCACCGAAAGUCUCUGAAAUGUACCGUAUACUUGGACAUUCAGACAGUCACAUGUCCAGGAGUUCUCCUGUAUAAAAAGAACAAGAUCUACCUCAGUGUGUGUAUCAUGGGGCAGUACAGGAAGACUCCCUGUGUGCCGCCUGUGUUCCCUUUACUCUUCCACCACAAAAUGGUGUUCGUCAAGACUUUCCCCGGCGUUGUUGACCCUGCUGAUGUAGCUGACCUCCUCGAAGCUGACACAACAUCUUUUGAGCUGAUUCAGUUGGUGCCUCCAGAGGGUGAGAUCCUAGCCACGAUGGAGGAAAGCAGCAGAGAUUUCCUGUACCCUGGACCCAGACUGAGCUCCAGAGAAGGAGCUGCGGAGAGAGAGAUACUGCUGAAGAGAGCCUCCUCUUUUCCUGGAAUCUCCCCCAAAGUCGAGUUUCGCACGACAUCAGUCAUAGAAGAAAGUGAUGGGAGAGACAGCUGGCCUGCCUCACCUACUUGCCAUCUUUCUCCAGUGAAGCCAUCUUUAACACCCUCCAGACAGAGUUUGGCAAACACGUCUUCACCAUCCAGCGAGCACUUUUCCAAAACAGAUGAUGCAAACUGUGUCUCUUCGAAAGGUGGGAAGGAAAAGCUAAAUGUUGCUAGAAUUAAAAAGUCUGCUCCGUCCUCAACAUCCAGACGCUCCCCUUCUCCAUCCCCAUCUGGCCGCAGUAAACACACUUCUUCCAGAGUCUCUGUAAACUCCAGCUACCAACAGCCCACAGUUUCCUCAGUGACACGAGCCAUGUCCCCUUACACCCAUCGCAAGAUGUGCCAGCUUUCAGAGGACGCUCGGCAGAGGCUCCGCCAUCUCCAGUUGGGGCCUCACCACUUCAGGAAGGAGAGCGAGAGCCAGCCUCCCUUUUUGGUCUCUGGUUGCAGUAACGUCUCUGGGAUGGGAACUCCUUCUUCCUCUCCACAGAAUCGCAGCAUGCAUCGAAGGUCUGUGAGCUUCACAGCUGAUCAAACAGAUUCUUCUCUCCUGGGGAGCUACAGACCAAAAACAGCCAGAGUGCAGUCCUGUUCGCCGAGGCUCCAGUCGUCUCCAGAGACACAGUCCAGACUUGAAGGCCAGACCAAAAGCUCUGUGCGAAGUGCUGCCUUAGCUCAGUCCACCCUGACCGUGUCAAACUCCAGAAGUCCUCUGAAUGUCAAACAUUCCCUAAGGGAAAGGCUGCAGACCAGUCCAUCGUACUGGGAGGAGAUCCACAGCCGAGUCCAGAGGAUUCUGCGGACACACAAAACCAUUGGACCACCAAUUGACCUUUGACCUUUAACUUGCCACUCUUUCCACAAGGUGACCAAACAACUGAGGUUACAAUACAAAGACACUUCACUUUAAUAAUGUAUAUUCUCAAAGUUGACUUUAACCUGCCUUAUAUCUGUAAGAGUGGAUGCACACACACUAACAGUUUAUUAACCCAGUGAGUCGGACCCUCACACACACACGUAUCUUCAUUUAUCUCCCUUUGAUGUUCAUUUAAAUUUCAAACCAUCCCAAGCACCUGCUGAGCGGCGUUUGUCGUCAUUACUCUUUGAAAAGGCAGGAUAUUUGCAGGGGUUACUGGGAAGCUGUGCAUAGCAGCACUGCCUCCCUCCCACCCAUCAGCUGGCCUGUUCUUUUAUUUAUUUUUGGGUGAAACCAAGCGGAGAUGUCAUCAAAUUUUUCUAAAGCUGUGUGUGAAAUUGGCUCGGGUAUAAAGAAGUAGCAUUUUGUGUGUCUAUGUGAAGGAGACAUGGUGGAUGUAAGCUGCAGCUGUUAAGGGCUCAUCUCUCACAACACAAAAGAGAGACAAGAAGGUAGCCAAGAGCCACCGUUGGGAGCCAGCAGCUACAAGAGAUUUAAGAGAGGAGGAACAAAAGUAAUCCUGAAUGAAAGAGCAGGAGACACAAAGAAGUGUAGCCUUAACAUAAAUUAAGACGGUUGUGCAGAUCCAUAGUGUUAUACUGGAACGUCUUCAACAUUGAAAGGUUACCUGCUCUCUGUAAUUUAAAUUUCAUUCAACCACAGGAGCUGAGUUAAAUCUUUUAUCAGUGCUAAUAAAAUGAAAUGCAGCUGUGUUCAGCACUCUCUCCACAGCUAUACUUACAGAUUCAUUUCAUUCUCAAAGAUACUAAACUGUAUUUUAUUUUACACGAGGGAAUAGGUAAUACAGUGAAUGAUCCCAUAUUGUAGUUUUCGUUCAAUGCAGUGGAUACACUAACUAAUGCAGCCAGGAUCUAAUUAAUGGUUAAACUAAAUCUCUUUGACUCAUGUUGACCAUCUCUACUCAGAGCCAGUGGAGAAAUGUCUCACAGCCAGACAGAUCGUGCUUCUUACUUAAAAGGAUGACAAGUUACAGUGUAAUGUUAUGUUUGUUUUCUCUCAUAAAUUCAAAACUACUCUUCACAGCUCUACCCUACUCGUAUCUUUCUGACAGUAAAAUAUGUCUGGAGAUACAUUUAUUUAAUUUUAAAUGUUCUGAAAACGUAAGUUAAACUUCCACAAGCUCAGUUUGCUUUUUCAGGUUAAGGUAGCACAAUGUUAAUUUGAAAAUUCUUAUACAAACCCAUUUAAAAAUCUAUUCCAUUUUAAAUAUGGCAGUAUUAUAUUGCAAACUAUGUUUAAAUUGAGUUUGCCUUUAAAUGUUAAUAUUAGCAGCAGUGAUCAAACAUUGUUACAACUUGAUAGUCUUGUUUUAUUCUGGUUCUCCCUCAGUUUUGUGCUUUUUUUUUUUUUUAAAUGUAGUUAGUGUAUUGUAAACUCAGCAUUUGAUUGGCUGUAUGCAACAGACAGUAAAAACAACAGUAGUAUCAUUUUGAAGAACCUUCACAAACAUCAGUGCCAGUCAAAGUGUUUUAAUGUUCAUUUGAUGAAUGUAUUUAAAGAAUGACUAUGAUUACAUUGCAGCAAAACAUUUGGAAAAUACACGUCCAUUUGAUUAAAAAUCAAUGUUUGUUUCAGUUGUAAAUAUAAGCAUGUACAAACAUCUUCUGGUAACUCUACAAAGUAAUGACUACUUUUAAUAUCUUGUAUCAUCUUUUUUUAUACAGUCAGCUUCUUCAUGUGUAUACACGUAAAGCAAUAAAGUUUUACGUAGUCAUGUUUAAAGAAGUGGAGAUAAUAUCAGUUAUCUGUGUAAAGCCUUUCAGAGUCACGUCGAGUCUUCAGAUUUACUUCUUAUGGAAUUUAUUUUUCUUCUUGUUGUUCCUCUUUCCGGCUCCUUGUGCUGCUUUCUCCGUCACAAUGUGCUGGAA